ACCUGAAUCAGCCGGAACAUACAAAUUACUACUUACGGCGCGUUGUGAUCCUGUGGUGAGCACUUCGGUCUUACUGUUGUUCCCCAUGCGUAUUUACCCGAACGUUCAUAAACGAGAUCUGUUUUCCACAUAGAUCAGUUUAAACAGUUAUUAGUGUCUUCGCAUUUAUGUAGCAAUAAUCAUGGCUUAUACAGAACCUCUGGUAAUUCGUAUUUCUGUUUAUGACCCUUUACGGUCCAAAACCAAUGUAAAACAGAUCCCUGCUAUAUUGUUUCCUAGUUACACAUUUUUGGUUAUUUUACCGACUAGAUCUAUUCAAUUCUGACGAAGUCAUAUUUGGGACCUGUUUUGAAGGAAAUCGGAAUAAAAUAAUAUUUGGGUCCACAUUAUUAACAACUUGUGUCUUCUGGGAUAGAGGUGAUUGAAUCUGGUCUCCAUGUUAUUCGUGAAUUUACACGUAUUGUUAGCUUGUUUUGUACAAAAGGUCGUGAACGAUCAAAUAUACACAUCCUUCUCCCAUCUCCACUUAUUUGUUUGUAGCAGUUUGAUCCAGUAGCACAAUACUAACUUGGUAGAAAUUAAUCUCAGGUUCUACCGUUUGAUAAGCACUCAACAGAUACUCGGAUUUAAGAGGAAUGAUCACACAUCGUUGGUUCUAAUUCACUGGAGUUAAAUAGUCAUGCUGGUUUUCUCUACCUAUGAGUUCCUUUGGCAAUCUCUUAAAACAGAAAGUUCUACCUAGUGGCUCAAGGAUCAACUUGAAGACAAAAUUUCAUACUUAUUUCAAACAAUUGGCAGGAGAUUAUAUUUCAGCUGGUCGUGACACUCUACAACUUAUUCGUCAAAAUCCAGUAGGAUCUACUCUCUGGACUUCAGCUGUCCUCACUGUAUCAUACAUUACCAGCACCUGUCCUAAUAAACAGAAUUAUUAUGCUUCUCUCGUUGAGUCUGCUAUUGAUUUGUGGGAAGUUCCAGAUCUUAUACGCAACUCUGAAAGUGCCAGCUACAUUCAUAGAUGUCUUAAAUUAUUUUCUAAAGGACAAAUUAGGUAUAAUAACCUUGGAUUAUUUGCAAUUAUCUGGCGUGAUGAUCGAACUCAGUCGUGUUAUCAGUAUGCAGAAAUAUGCAAGUACACCUAUCCUGCGAACGGUGGAGGAAAUUUCACAGGUCUCCUUCGUUUAUUCUUGUUCGAUCGUCCUCAAGAAAAUGGUCUGGAACGCAUACAGAAUAUUGUUCAGGAUCGCAUUUUGGAUUUUGGGUUCAUGGGAAAAUGGUGGUUCAUGUCACAAUACAUGGAUAACUAUGACAUCAAUCCUAACGAAUGGGAAACUUCAAAAAUCUCCGAGAAGUUCACCAAGAAAGAGCCCAACUAACAACAGUUUUAAAAGCAGUGCGAAACCUAGUCAGCCUACUUGCUCGUCAUCUUAUUUUGAACCAUUUAAAGAUCAAAAUUGCAGCGGACAAAAUCUUGAAUUACAUUUGAAUAGUCCCAAUAACAUGAGUGAUGACUGGGAAAUAAUAAAUGAAGAAGUUUUGUACGUAGACUGUCAAGGUCUGCUAGAAGAUGAUAUCUUAACCCCAUCUAGUGUCAUUCGCCUUGUGGAUAUAGAGACAGAUAAACCCCUUAUGCAGGUUGGACCAGCGGUCUUUGAAGGACGUUAUGAAGAUACAUUUGGGACAUAUUUAUUCUUUGAAAAUAACUCCACUCUGAAUAACACUCUUUCCAUAGAAGGUGCUUCUGUAGCACCAGCGCGCAAAAUGGACGACCAAACACCUCAGUAUACCACAAGUUAUGUCGCUAAAUCUUCCAAAUCCCUUACAUUUCAGCGCAUUUUCUUGAAAGCAAAAGAAGGAAAUCACUAGCUACUCCCGUUGGGAAUGUUAAGUUUAUAGUAUCGGAGUGUUAUUUGCAGUAUGAGGUUUUUUACUUGUUAUAGCAAAUACAUUUUCAAAUGAGCA